AUGGACGAGCUAAAAGCUAACGCUAUCUCCCAUAUUUCAAUUCUGGAGGCUUCCAGAUUAUCGAAGAAGGAAGAAACAGGUAACCUAGUUCCUUUAAAAUCCGUUUUGGUCACUUUCGAUGGACAACUCCUUCCCCAGGAUAUAAAAUUUUAUUACAACAUAUAUAAGGUCUCUCCCUACGUCCUUCCUCCAAAACUCUGCUACGGCUGUGCUAGACAUGGCCACGUGAAAACCCAGUGCAAGAACCCAAGAUGUCUAUUCUGUGGGGAAAAACCUCAUGAAGACCAAAACUGCCCCAAUGGAAUCUCAUCUCCCCUCUGCAUUAACUGUAAAGGUUCACAUUGGGCUGUUGACAAGCAAUUCCCUCUAUACGUUGAUGAGAAGGAAAUCCGCAGAAUUUCUGCACUACACGAUGUUCGUGUAAAAAAAGCCGCCUUUCUCUACAAAAGAGAAAAGUCAUCCCACCAGGGAUCCCAAAAUAUUGACUCUGCCAUCGCCGCUCACUUUAACUCCUCUCUAGAUUUUUCUUCACCUUUGUUUAACUUCUCAAACUUUCCAUCUUUAGGAGAAGCUGAUGUUGACUCUAUCACUUUCGGUCCUGAAUUCUCCCAAAAAUAUAGCCAAGCUGAUAAAAAAGGCCCCUCCCACUCUAGAACAACAACCCCACUCUCCCCUCCGUCUUCACACGUUUCGCAAGAAACGAAGAAGCAAAAGGACUCGCCGACCGAUUCGCCUGAAGAUAAAUUCCGCAACAAUAAAUCAGCUUCCUCAGAGCCAAGGCAGUCUUCUAAAUAUAAUUCUGGUCCUGGGAAUGACUUCCAAGAUGGUUGUUUUCCAUGA